AUGUUAGCUCUUACCAGCGCAACAGGCAAGCUCGGCGGCGCCGUGCUGAACGCCAUCCUCGACAACAAGCUCAUUAAUCCAAAAGAGCUUGUAGUAUGCACAUCCAGUGACCCCAGCUCCGACCGUUUCACACCCCUCCGCAACCAAUCCAUCACCCUCCGCCAGGCCAACUUCGAUGAGCCCGAAUCCCUGAUCCGCGCCUAUAAAGGCUGCACAUCCCUCUUCCUCGUAUCCACGCCGCGUAUAGCCAUGGACUACAACGAUGCGCCGCUCUGGAAAGGCCGAGAAGCGCAUCACCGCGCUGCCAUCGAUGCCGCCCUACAAGUCGGCGUCCAACACAUUUACUACACCUCCCUCGGUUUCGCCAACCCCUCCAAAGCCGGUGUCAUGCGCGCGCAUAUCCGCACGGAGAAGUAUCUACAUGAUUUGGAGGAACAAGGGAAGUGUAAGGUCACUGUGAUCAGAGAGGGAUUGUACAACGAGAGUUGGCCUUUGUACUUUGGGUAUUAUUUCGGGCUGAAAGAGGAGAGUAGAAAGGAGGUGCUUGUCGCGGGCGAUGGAAAGAUCAGCUGGACCAGCAUUCCCGACAUGGCGUUUGGUACUGCAAAGGUACUUGCAGCGCCUAGUGAGCAAUGGGCGGGCAAGACGUUCUAUCUCUCGCAGAAGAAGAGUUGGUCGUUGAAGGAUAUUGCGGACAUUGUUAGUAGAGUGAGGGGCGAAGAGAUCAAACUCAAGGUUGUAGGGAGGAAAGAGUAUGAAGACUUUUAUGUCAAUGAGAAGGGUAUGGAGAGGCCGAGUGUGGAGUGGUGGAGUAGUUCAUACGAUGCGCUCAAAGAUGGGGAAUGCGAUAUCGACGAUCCGACAUUGGAGAAUCUGCUCAAGGAGGCUGGAAGGGCACCUAAGCCGUUGGAGGAGACGAUUGAGGAGAUGCUACGAUAG